CGGCGGGCGGCCGGAACACGCUCCGACGCUCCUCGGUUGUACCACUACCCGACGAUCCGCCCCUCGCGGCGAGCUCACCUGCACCUAGGAUUCUUCCUCGUCCACGCGCCCACCUAACCAGCAGACGACGACAAGUAAUCUAACCACUUGGCCUUUUUAAUACGUCUACCACGGAAGUGAGCUCCUCGUGAAGUCGCGAUCGCCGAGGUUACCAGUACUAGACCGUAGCCAGUCCUCCGCUCCAGUCAGUCGCCGAUCCGUGAUCCGUAAUUCCGUAUCGUGGGGAAGAGGAGAGAGCGAGGCGGAGAAGAUGCGCCCGCGGCUGGUGCUCUUCGGCGACUCCAUCACCGAGCAGUCCUUCUCCCCCGGCGGUUGGGGCGCCGCCCUCGCCGAACACUUCGCCCGCCAGGCGGAUGUGGUGCUGCGCGGGCUCAGCGGGUACAACACGCGGUGGGCGCUGAAGGUGCUGGAUAGAGCCAUGGAGGGGGCGGCCGCCGGGGCCGCGGACCCGGCGGCCGUCACUGUGUUCUUCGGCGCCAACGACGCCAACCUGCCCGACCAGCCGCAGGCGCACCAGCACGUGCCGCUCGAGGAGUACCAGGCCAACCUCCGCGCGAUCUGCGCCCACUUCAAGAAUCAAUGGCCUUCAGCUGCUGUCAUACUUAUCACGCCUCCACCGAUCUACGAACCGGCGAGGAUCCUAGACAUUUAUGGAGACAAUGCCCCUUCAAGACAGCCUGAAAGAACCAAUGAAGCUGCUGGCACUUAUGCACAGGCAUGCAUAGCUGUUGCUAAAGAACUGGAUCAUCCAGUUAUCGACAUCUGGACAAAGAUGCAGCAAUUCCCUGAUUGGCAAACAUCUGCAUUAUGUGACGGACUGCAUUUCACCCCGUUCGGGAACAAGAUUUUGUUCGACGAGGUACUGAAGACACUGGGAAGUAUCGGUUUCAGCCAGCACAGCCUCCCGUCGGAUCUUCCUCUCUUCCAUGAAAUUGACCCCAAGGACCCAUUGAAAGCCUUUGAAAUAUGAAGAAGGUAAACCUGCAUGGUUUGAUUCCCAGAAUGAAUGCUAUGCUUGCUUUGAUCGACUGAUGUACUGUGACAACUGGGACACCGUAUGGCAAUGUUGUUUGCCAUCAUGUACUAGACUUGUUCUGAAGACAUGCCUUGUGUUUCAUGUAAUGUUGACAGGUGAAAAAGAGUGGAAUAAAUGGCCAUUUUGUGCCCUUCUCCGGUACGUUUUGUAA